AUGUUUGCCAACGUCCGCUUCGCUGCUCUCUUCGCUUUUGUUGCCCUGGCCCAGCUCGCCACUGCCCAGGACGCCCCCGCGCCCGCUGCUUCGUCGGCCCCGGCUCCCCCGCCCGCCCCCUCGUCGUCGGCCCCGGCGGCCGCUGACGCCACUCCCCAGGCCGCUGCUGCCCAGCCCAACAGCAAGGUUGUGCGCAGCAUUGACUGCAACUCAGGCUUCAACCAGGACGGUGCGCUGAAGGUUGCCGUCGACGGUGGCAACAGCAACGAGGUUCAGCUCACUGGCGACCCCGCUGAGCUCAGCACUGGCACCGAGUCUGUGCAGGUGACCUUCACCGAGUGCAAGUCUGCCGCCAUGGGCUACGAGUCCAAGGACUCGAUGCACUACGGUAUCCUCUCGCCUUCGGAUGCCGCCAAGAAGACUUGCCUGCGCGCCGCUGCUCUUGCCCAGGCCGACCAGCACGUUCAGGCUCAGGACUGCUCGCUCUCGGAUGACUCGUCGCAGAUGGGCCAGACCUGGGCCUUUGACGCCGACAAGAAGACCUUCACCUUUGUCGGUCGCCCCAACGACGACGGUGCGAAGCCGUACUCGCUCGGCCUCAAGGACAACUUUGUCACUGUUUCGGCGAACGGCACUGCCGCUGCCACUCUUUCGCUCGCCUAA